AUGUCACACCUGGUUGGCGCGAAUGGAGACUUCGGUUUCCAUCGUAUGGGUAUGCCGUCACGGCUGCCCAACUUGCCUAAUUUAGAUGUGUUUGGGGGUAUGGAUAAGAAGGACACCAGCCUGAAGACGAAAUUGGAGUCCAAUAACCAUAAAGAUGCGCUGAAUGCUAUGAAGCAGGUGGUUGCUAUGCUUGCAUCAGGGCAGGAUGUAGCGUAUCUCAUGCCAUCUGUGGUUAAGCAG